AUGUCUCUGAAGGUUCACACCAGCAAUGUCACCAACAAGAAUGACCCCAAGUCCAUCAACUCACGCGUGUUCAUCGGUAACCUCAACACAGCCGCGGUGAAGAAGUCGGAUGUGGAGAGUAUUUUCUCGAAAUAUGGCCGCGUGCUGGGCUGCUCUGUGCAUAAGGGCUACGCCUUUGUCCAGUACGCCAGCGAGAGGCAUGCCCGUGGGUCUGUUAUAGGGGAGAAUGGACGAGUGCUGGCGGGACAGACUCUGGAGAUCAACAUGGCGGGUGAGCCCAAGCCCAACAGACCCAAAGGACUGAAGAGGUCUGCCGCUGGUCUCUACAGUGGCUAUGACUUUGAUAAUGACUACUACAGAGAUGAAUUCUAUGACAGGCUGUUUGAGUACAGGAGCAGAGUGUCGCCAGUGCCUCGCAUAGUGCCAGUUAAGUGGCCUCACGUGGCCAUGCCCCUGGUGCGUCAGGUCAAGUAUUUGCCCGCCAAGCUGUUGGCACGCUCAUCACUCCUCCCUAGCAGCACCAAGCAGAAGUCGGUAAAAUCCAACGAGCUACAGGUAAUCAAAUCAGAGCUGACUCGGAUCAAGUUCAACAUUGAUGCGCUGCUCGGCCGAGUGGAACAAAUCACAGAAGACAAACACUUUGCCGCGGAGCUACGGAAGGCAGAGGAGAGCAGUAGCGAGGUGUCUCAAGACGAGUCAUGCUCGGUCACAGAGGAGCUGGUAGACGAAACCCAUAACAGUGAUGUGGAGGACGGCACACCGGACGAGUGUGAAGAUGACGACAUGGAGUUAAAAGCUCCCCCCACCGGAGUCUGCACGAAGGGAAGGGAGGCCACAGCCACAUCCUGGGAGUGGUAUGCGGUGAUUGAUGAGUUGCUGGGGGGCUGCCACUCCAUCAACACACCGGUUAUCAUCUCCUCAUCCUCUCUAGGUGCAGCUGUGGACUGCUCUCCCUUCCAGAAGGGUCCAGAUGUGGAAGUUGGAGAAGGUGAAUGCCAGGGAGGCAUGCAUUAUGGCCAUUUUAGAGGCCAUGAUUUAAGUAGUUUUAUGCAUUUUGUAUGUAUUUUAUUUAUAGCUAUUAGCGGUUCCCAGCCAAUCACAUUUCCCCAUUUCUCCUCUGAGCAAACACCCAGUGUGGCCCAGGAGACCCAAGCCAAAUGA